AUGGAGACUUCUCCAAAUGAUGUUUCGAAUUACAUUGACAUAUGUUUAGCUUCUGAAAUGACUAAUUUUAAUGGCUUAUCUGAAGUUUUCUCUAUAGAUUUUCCAAUUGCUCACCAGGAAAAACCAAAUGAUCAAGUCAAAAUUAUGAACCAAAAUGGUAACCAAGAGUUGUACUUACAUCCCAUUCAGCCAGCUCAAUUUAUCCAGCAAAGCUCUUUUCCACCAUCACCAACAACAAUAGUGUGUAUGCCACCAAUAACUACAACACCUCAAGAAUUGAUUGAUCAACAAAAACAACUUGAUAUAAGGAAAAAUCAGUCGAAAAUGAUUAUCUAUGAAUUCUUGCAAGAGGAACUCACAAAUGAUAUAUGGAGAUGGAACAAGUCUGGUCAGAAGUGUAUCAAAGGUUCUCCAUUUUUGAGGAAUUACUAUAAGUGUAGUACAUCAAAACACUGUGAAGCAAAAAAAACUAUUGAGAAAAGCCCAAAAGGUGAGAACCUUUUCUUGGUGUCCUAUUCUAGUGAACACAACCAUGAUCUGCCCAUGAAACGUAGAAAUUUUGUUGGUUGCAACACUAGUUCAAAAUUCAAUCUUCCAAAGGGCAUAAAUAUCGUGCCCAAAGCAUCAAUGUUGAAUGCAUUAUCAUCCUCUUCCAAGCGUGCUGAGCAUUUAAGAGAUGUUGCUUUUCCAAUAAUCCCAACUAUGCCUACGCUUGAAAUCAGGAGCAAAAACAAAAUGGUUGAUGCGGCAACAAAUAAUAGAGAUAAUGGUAAAGAGGAGGUGAACAUGAAUGAAGUUAAUAUUAUGGGAUUUGAAGAACUCCAAGGAGUUAUUGCUUCCACCUAA